AUGGCUCCACAACUGUUCCCCAAGAACCCCAGCGAGAGCAUGGUGAUCCGCAAUGUCACCUCCGACGUGGUCACCAUGAGCUUGCCAUUCGCACGAUUUGGACGCUUGAAGUUUGGAGGUCGAGGAACAUUAGGCCCCCUUGCUUACCACAUCACGAGGACAGUCAAAAUGGAAUCGGGCUCGAUCGCAGUCUUCUCGCCCGUGAGCCUGACCCCCGAGGUCCAAGCAGCCGUUACCUCCCUCGGCGGCAACGUCAAGUACAUCGCGGCCCUGGAUCUAGAACAUCAUCUGCAUCUGACGUCGUGGAAGAACGCGUACCCCGACGCGGAGAUCAUCGCGCCCGAGGGACUGUGGGAGAAGCGCCAAUCCAACCCCGAGUUCAAGGAUACGCCGUUCCGCCACAUCUUCCGCAAGGAGGACCAGCGGCCGCGAAAAGUCUCCGAUGAGUUUGACGCCGAGUUCGAGUCCGAGUACGUGUACGGCCACCCUUCACGGGAGCUCGUAUUCCUGCACAAACGAUCGCGCACCCUCAUCGAGGCCGACCUGUUGUUCAAUCUCCCUGCCCGCGAACAGUACUCCAAGUCGAACGAGAGUGCCAAGAACUUCCUGACGAGCGUGAUUUGUCCGGCCUUGUCGACUGCGGCGCCGGCGACGUGGCAGAAGAGGUUCGUCUGGUAUGUCCUGUCGACGGCGGAUCGGUCGGCCUUUACCGAGUCGAUGCGUCGCAUUAACCACUGGGAUUUCAAUCGUCUGAUUCCAUGCCAUGGAGAUGUGAUUGAGAGUGGUGCUAAGGGAGUGUUUCGGACAGUGAUGGAGUGGUUCCUGGAGAAUGAUAAGAAGAGGACCUAG